AUGAAGCCACUCCCCGAUUUUGAUUCCCUGCCACCAGUCGAAGGCAGACCCCAAGGAAACACCUGGGGAUUCUGGGGUGCGGACGAUGAGAUUGGAACCUUGAAUCUCCUCACCCCAGACGUGGUUCAACGUGCCGCCACAGACGUCAAGAGUGGAAAGUCGGCGUCCCUAGACUUUCCCCUUGACCACUUCAACGAGCGCAUUGGCUCCCGCCGUCAGCUCGAGCAGAGGGUGGUAAACUAUCACGAUCUGGCGGGCAUGUACGUCUACGAUGACGAGCUCUAUUUCAAUACCCAGAGUAGCUCACAAUGGGACGGCAUGACACACUGUGCGACUCAGAAAGACGGGUUCUUCUACAAUGGCCUCAAAUUUGAAGACGUGUUGAGCAAGAAAGACGGGUGGCUACAGAGAGGCGGGAUAGUUGGUCGCGGCAUCCUUUUGGACUAUCCGCUUUGGCGACAAGAGACUGGCCAAAGCCUGGCCAACGCAGGUUCCAGCCAUGCCAUCACAGUGGCCGAGUUGGAUCAGGUGGCCAAACAUUUUGGCGUGGAAAUCCGACAGGGAGACAUUCUCUUGCUUCGCACAGGAUACAGUAAAUGGUACAAAUCGUGCUCGGCCGAGGAGAGGGCUCGAGUCAUCAAGGGGGAAGCAUUCAUUGGGGUAGAAGAGUCUAUGGCAUCAGCGCGGUGGCUUUGGAACAAGCAUCUCGCGGCUGUCGCCACAGACGCCCCAGGCUUCGAAGUCUGCCCGGUGCCGUGGGGUGACGAAUCCAAGGUUGUACUGCAUGAGUGGAUAUUGGUUCAUUUUGGCAUGCCCCUUGGUGAGCUUUGGAACUUGGAGGACUUGUCGGUGCUCUGCCAGCAAGAGCGGCGAUGGUCGUUUUUCUUCACGAGUGCGCCUCUAAACGUAAUCGGAGGAGUAGCUAGUCCACCGAAUGCCAUAGCCGUGCUGUAA